AUGGCACCUAAAGACGUACGUCCUUCAACCCGCUUUCUCAACGGACCCAAUCUUCCCGAGCCGCAAGGUUAUAGCGAUGCGGCUUCAGUCAACGGAGCGAAGCGCACCAUAUACACCUCCGGUCAGUUGGGUCAGCAUAGCGAUGGCUCGUUCACUAGCGCAUUUGGAGAACAAGCAUUACCAGCAACCAGAAACCUCCUCGACGUGGUCAGAGCAGCUGGAGCCUCAGCCAAGGACUUUGUGAAGUUGACGUUCUAUAUCGUCGACUGGAACGAAAAUAUGCAUGAAGAACUGUUUGCCGCUCUCUCGCUACUUGCAAUAAGCGAUGGCGGGACUCCCAUGCAGCCCACCACGACCCUCAUUCCUGUGCCGAGACUUGCUUUCUCAGAAGCCAAGUUAGAGAUCGAAGCAGUGGUGUGUGUUGGAGGCCUCGCACAGAUCUGGACUGUUGAAGAAGACAGCACUAGCCAACCUUCUGAUGCUAAAGAAAUCGAUGUCGUCGUCAUUGGUGGUGGGUUCUCCGGUUGCAUGGCAGCAUACGAUGUCCAUCAGGCUGGUCACAGCGUCAUGCUCUUCGAAGCCAAGCAUCGUAUCGGCGGUCAAAGUAGCACACAGAAGCUGAGAAGUGGCCCUGGACUUGUUGAACUGGGUGCGACAUGGAUUAACAAGGUCACACAACCGACUGUCUAUGAGCUGACGAGGCGUUUUGGACUCGACUGCAAGGACCAAUACCUUCAGGGUGAUGUGAUAUGGAAGCUGCAUGACGGGAGUUUUGUACGGGCCAGUACGAACCUGCCAGAGAUUCGAGACCCAGAGAUGGCGGAGACACUUGGCAAGCUCAUGGGGACCUUUGCCUUGGCCGCAGAGGAGACCGAUAUCCACAACCUUGGAUCGUUUCCCAAAGAGGAAGACGUCAGUGUUUCGGAUCGGUUGACCACGAAAGGUCUAUACAACGAUGCCUUACUCCAGGGUCUUGCAAGGUUUCUCACCACGGCAUGGGUUGGUCGCGAACCGUACGAAUGCGGGAUCUAUUACAUCCUGGACUACGUCAGAUCAGCCGGCGGCCUCGCGAGCAUCAAUACCGAUGGUCCAGGUGGAGCGCAAGGGUUGAAGAUCAAACAAGGAACUUCCGCUAUUGCGACUGCGUUAGCAGGCGCUAUAGAGCCCGGGUCUGUACAGAUCAACGCUCCGGUUGACAGCAUCACGCAAUACGGAAAUGUCUGCCAAGUAACCACUUCAAACGGUACCAGAUAUCGGGCAAAGAAGGUCAUCCUUGCAAUUCCCACCAACACAUAUACGAACAUUCGAUUCAGCCCUCCGCUACCUCAUUCGAAAAGAGCCCUCGUAAUGCGUACGAAGCCGGGUAUCUAUGCAACAGUCAUUCUAUCGUAUACUCCGUCGUGGUGCAAAGACGCAGGUCUACAGGGCAAGUCCAUGUCCAUGAAGGGCCCUAUCUGCUUCUCUUGGGAUAUCAGCGAUGAUGCGACAAAGCAGUACUCGCUUGCUUUGUUUGUUGCUGGUGAUACCGCCACAGCUUGGCACCGAUUGAGCGAGCUGAGCCGUGAGGUGGCGCUCAUCGACCAUCUAGUAUCGUUUGUCGGACCUGAACUAGCUGAUAAAGCGCGAGACGUCCUCGAUGUGGAUGCUGUCGAAUAG